UACGCUGCAUCGAGUCGAGUCGACGUGAAAAGCAAGUAUUAGGCUUAGUAAAACAGUUAAAAGUAUUUUCAAUUAACAUGUCGAGGUGCGAUGGGGCCAGUGGAAGCAAGAAACCGCGGUCGGACAGCAACAGCAACUGCAGCAAGGACUUAAAUGGUUCGGCGGACGGCACCGGAGAUGUAGGCGUAUCUCGUGACAAAGUCGCGCUGAUAACCGGCAUAACGGGGCAGGAUGGCUCAUACUUGGCAGAGUUCCUGCUCAAGAAGGACUAUGAGGUCCAUGGGAUUAUCAGACGGGCCAGCACCUUCAAUACUACACGCAUUGAGCACCUCUAUGCUGAUCCGAAGGCGCACAAGGGCGGAAAGAUGAAACUUCACUAUGGUGACAUGACGGAUAGCAGUAGCCUUGUGAAGAUUAUCAACAUGGUAAAGCCCACAGAGAUAUAUAACUUGGCAGCACAAUCACACGUGAAAGUAUCCUUCGAUUUGAGUGAAUACACGGCCGAAGUGGAUGCCGUGGGUACUCUACGCAUACUCGAUGCCAUUCGCACCUGUGGUAUCGAGAAACUUGUGCGGUUCUAUCAGGCUUCCACAUCGGAGCUGUAUGGUAAAGUCGUGGAGACGCCACAGAAUGAGCAGACCCCAUUUUAUCCAAGGUCGCCGUAUGCCUGCGCCAAGAUGUAUGGUUUUUGGAUAGUCAUCAACUACAGGGAGGCCUACAAUAUGUACGCCUGCAAUGGAAUCCUCUUUAACCACGAGAGUCCGAGGCGCGGAGAGAAUUUUGUUACCAGAAAGAUAACGCGAAGCGUGGCAAAGAUUCUCCUGAACCAAAUGGAAUACUUUGAGCUCGGAAACUUAGAUUCGAAGCGGGAUUGGGGCCACGCCAGUGACUACGUGGAGGCAAUGUGGAUGAUGUUGCAGCGUGACAGCCCAUCGGACUAUGUGAUUGCCACCGGAGAGACGCACAGUGUACGUGAGUUUGUUGAGGCUGCCUUCAAGCAUAUUGGACGCGAGAUAACGUGGCAAGGCAGCGGUGUAGAAGAGGUAGGCAUAGAACGCAGUACUGACACUGUUCGCGUUCGCAUAAAUCCAAAGUAUUUCCGGCCCACGGAGGUGGACCUUCUGUUGGGUGAUGCCUCGAAGGCCAAGCGGGAGCUUAAUUGGACGCCAAAGUGGAGUUUUCUGCAGUUGGUCAGCGACAUGAUGAAUGCCGACAUCGAGCUCAUGAAGAAGAAUCCCAUUGCAUAGAGCAUUGAGCUCAUGAAGAAGAAUCCCAUUUCAUAAAGCAGCGCCCAUUCCUCCCUGGACUAGGACUGCAAAUGGCACAAAGCUCUCUGCCCCGUCCUUGCGGAUCUAUAAAUUACAUAUACAACAAAUAGUCUUAGGCAAUGGCAAGUGAUCAAUGUAUUGGAUUUGUAACUUGUUCUGUGUUCUCUGUGGGAUUCGCAAUCAUUCCUUUUUCGUUUUGUUCUGUUUGUGAUUAUAUGUAUUUUUUUUUACCAAAUCUAACGAAUAUUUGCAAUAAAUAAGUUUAAAUCAA